UCAAAAUAAAUAUCGUAAUUCUCUAAUAAUUAUACUUAGAUGUAAUUUUCGUUUUAAAUGUUUCGAAAAUAUCAGUUAGAAAUUUCUUUCAAACGUGUUACAAACAGAACCAAUGAGACCUGAAGUUGACAAUAACGUUCUCAGGGACACACUUGAUUGGAUUGUAGACAAACUAUUCGCCUAAAAACCGGCCGGUAUUUAGUCAGUUUGUACCGUACCGUACAACGUGUAGUAUCUAUUAAAAUUAAGAAUUCAAUUUCUUAGAGACAUUAUACGUGACAAAGAAAUUACAUUGUUCAUAAUCAAAGGAAUAAAUCGGAUCGAAUCGAUGAAUUAAUUUCGUACGAAUAUAUCACGUGUUCGCAACGUAUAUAUAAAAAUAUUGUUCGUUAAAUCCGAAUAUCAAGUUUCUAUCGAGUGAAUAUUCUUUGAUAUAUAAAAGACGUCGUGUUUCAUUUCCUUCCUAAACUGUACAUCGCGACAUUAUUUUCUAUUAUUUCUCGAAUAUAAUCUUCGUUAAGGAAUUUCAACGGUAGUUCGUCGUCCGUCCUCGUCCUUCGAUUGAUAAAUAUUUGACUGCUUAGGACAAUCGAAGGUGUUCGUUGGUAAAAGAAAAAUAAUAUUGAAAUUUCGCUAAUUAAGAUGAAAUUAGAAUCCCAUAUCACCGGUUCGAAUUGGUACCGGCGACCACGUAAACGUCCGCUGGUAGGACCCACAGGAUCUCCUUUUCUAGACGCAACUCUGGUUAUGCAAACCAGGUCUUGUCGAUGGUUUCGUAAAAAUAAAUCUGUCAAUGCCAUUAAGCGAGUGACCUUUCGAGAUGAAGCAAUUAUAUCCAUGUCGGUGGCUGGGGAGGUAACCGACACUUCAAUUAUGGAAGUGGGCCGUUCAAGACCUCAAUUCCAAUAUUCCCGGGAGGAGUUAAUGGUGAUAAAGAGUUUGCCGUUAUCUAAGCGGAGGCCUGAUUUCUUAGAUAUCUCGUACAAUAAUUCGCGCGGAGUAUGGGAUCCUGAACGUUGGCAUUCGGGUAGGAAGCGAAGCGAUACACUUCCGAAGGAUGAAAGAGCCGGCCGUGCCGAUCAAGUAACCGAAAGCCAUAAUAAACGUCGGAACGGAGAUCCACGAGAACGAAUUCGGAAAGAGCAGGAUGGUAUAGUUUUGAGUCCUCAACGUAGAAGUUUUAAUUCUGGUUGUUUCGUUAAUGUGAAUCAACCGUCGAAUCGACGUCCUGAAAGUCCGAUAGGAAAAGCGGAGGUAUCAUCGGUGGGCCAUAGAGAAUCGGUUCGACGAAUCGGAAGUGGUAGAAUUUUAACUCGGGAUAUAUGGGACUUCAGACCGGAAAACGAAAAGCUCGAGCCUGCUUUUCGUCCCGGGGCAAGCGGUGGUGCUUCUAUUCGCGAUCGCGAUAACAGAGACACGCGUGACGGAAAGGAUCGUGAGAAUGUGAGGGACCGCGAACGUGACAAUUUGCGUGAUCGAGAUGACCGAAACGAACGGUUCGAACGGAGAUCGUUUGGUCGCGACUAUAGAGACAGGGACAGAGAAAGGGAGCGUGAUCGGGAGAGAGGUGUUGAACGGAACGAUCGUAAUCAUCGAUCAGAUCGUGAUAAAGAUCGUGGAAGGGAGCGAAGAUUCAGCAACGAUCGGAGACGAACUUACAGCGAAAAUCGUAACGAUGCGGACGAACCUGAAUGGUUUAUAUCCGGGCCAACGUCUCAGCAUGACACCAUUGAAUUAAGAGGUUUCGAGGAUAUUCCUGAGGAGAAGGCAUUGAACAACAACAAUAGUAGUAAUAAUAGUAACAAAAGUAAGAAACAAACUCCGGUUCAGAAGAAACGUGGUAAAAAGAAUUCAUUGGAGAAAGAUGAAAAGCAGAACGAUAAUUCUGCCGGUCCGAAGGGACGUAGUACGCCGACCACCAUGGAUCAACCUAUAAACGUAGCUGCACCACAUUCACCUAUUUCCGAACAACACGAAUCGUCGUCUGUUACGCAGAAAGCGAAUCACGAUUCGAACGAAAGCGCUGUAACCGAACAGAGUUGCGAAACUGCGGGCACGGAUAACUCUAGUACUGUUAAUCAAAAUCAAGAAGACAGCCAUCCUGAUUUCAAUCUUGAUGAGUUUCUGAAAUCUGACACGUUACCUGGGGUUCCUGGACUUCUGACUAAUGGAGUUGGCUCGAACGGAGGUUCCUGUUCCCGGUUUAGUCAAUGGUUUAAAAGAGAAAGUCCAGUUCAACAGCUGGAUAGUCGUCGAACUUCUAUACAGGAUGAUAUACUGAAUAAUCUUCUGAAUGAUAUUACCGAGCCAAAUAUUCAAAUUCCAUCAGUCACUGAAUCUAACACUUAUUUCACUCCUAUCUCUCCUGCCAAUACUACGACAACAAAUAAUACUACAUCCGCUACUGGAGUAAAACUGCUGGAAAUGCUGCAGCGUGGAAACAAAUCAACGCAGAACGGACAAGGGGAUGUUGCUAAUACUGGUGUACCAUUGAUGAAGAGCGCAUCUAUUAAAGACAUGGGUGAGAAAGUCGGUGGAAAGGUUGUGCAUAGCCUGGAGGAAUUAGAAGCACGUAUGCGAGGUGGUGCUCCUCCCCCCGCAUCUUCAAACGAUCAACCUCGUGUAAAUAAGACUGAAGAAGAUCUCUCCGCUUUUAAGAAAUUGCUUGCUCAAGUAACUGGAGGACAAGCUAUACCAGCAGCAAACGGCCCUAUCUCUCAAAAACAACCUGUGACAUUGAUACAAUUGCUGAAUUCUCAACUGAAAAAUCAACCAAUUGCCCCCCAGCAAUCGGUCCCGGAACCAAUCCAUGCGACGACAUUUAAUCAUGUUGGUUCUCUUGGACCAACCCAACAUCCGCAUCAAGCACAAGUGCAACACGAAAAUCUAAUGAAAGUGUUGCAGAUUCAACAGCAACAGCAGCAGCAGCAGCAGCAGCAGCAACAACAGCAGCAGCAGCAAAAGCGACAUCAACAGCAGCAGCAGCAGCAGCAGCAGCAGCAACACUCUGAUAUGUUACCGAUGAUGAUGGGUAAUCAACGAAUGUUAGGAAUGAGCCCUGUACCUCCAGAAAUGCAAAUGAUGCUUAACAAUGCUCCUACCAGCCAAGAAUUACUACAGCGACCUGAAGCUCAAGCUAUAAUUCAAGGUCUUCAGCAAGGGGAAAUAACUAGACAGCAUCUAAUACAACAACUCCAGAAUCCAGCAAUGCAACAUCGUCACAGGGAAGUUCUAGUAAAUAUUUUAAAAAUCUAUGGGGGUACUACCCCUCGUACAGUAAGUCCGCAUCCUAGCGCACCUACUCCUCAAGAUCAUAUCUUGCAACAGAUGUUGUAUCAGCAACUACAACAAAGGAUUCCAUCACCUAUGAAUAACGUGAUGCAGCAUAGAGUUCCCUCACCGCGGGAGAUUGUUAUGCAUGCUCAAUCUAUAAUGCAAAGUGCUUUAAUUAAGAAAAAAUUGGAGGAACAACGUGAGAAUUUCCGUAAGCGGCAAGAUCAACAGCAGCAGCAGCAGCAGCAGCAACAACAACAGCAACAGCAGCAAGCUCAGCAAAGAGCGUCAAGUCCUGUUAACUCUCCGGCGAAGCAGACCAUGAGUCCAACACCACUUGCUUUUACCCCAACAUCGGUGUUACGUAAAAUGACUGCUGAUAAGGAACCUGAUGGUAAUACUAAUGAUCCAUCAAAGUUGGGAGUUCAGUCUCAGACAUCACAAAUGCAACAAAUGCAGUCUGCAGUCCAAUUAUUGACCCAAGCAGUCCUUUCUCGACAUAAUACUCUACGACCACAAUCCGUUCAACCUACAUGGUCAAAUCCAACUAUUAAACAACAUCCAGGUCGGCCAAUAGUGAAAGGUGGCGACGGUAACGGCGGUAAUCACUUCCAAUACAGUGGAAAUGCAGAUUUUCAACAGCAACAGCAGCAACACAGAACGGUUUCAAGCGUGUAUGGUAAUCCUGCACGCUCCAAACAUACUAUGACUAGUUCUAUACCACAUCACAAUGUUCCACAAUACAAUGUUGCUCAGAAUUCUAUGAUAAAUCAGAGGUCAAAUCCUAUAAACAACCAAAUAAAGGUACAGCAGGCCCAGUCGCAUCUUGCUAAUAUGCAACAUCAACCUCCACCACAACAGCAACAACACCGGACUCUUAACUCACAAAUGCAAAUGGUUUUAAAUCAAAACUACAAUUCCAAUCGUGCAGAUGGGCGAGUAAUGCGGUCGCAGCAGUUGAACAUGCCCAUAGGUCGUCAAACAUCACCUCCGCAUAACGGUGGAGAUCUUUCGCAUACUUCAAAUCAAUUAGCACGAUGGUUUAGUCCAGAACUUCUCGCUCAGGCUCGAGCUGGUAAGCUUCCCGAGCUUGUGCAGACAAAUGUUUUAUCACUGGAAGAAUUAGAAAGACUUCAACAUGCAUCGACUACAGUGCAUAAUUAGAUUAAUAUUGUACCUUUUCAUAUGUUCAAUUGCAAGCACAGGAUUCCAUCGGCAGAUUAUUGCUCUAACAAACUAUAUCUUUCAAAUUAGAUGGCUUUUCAUAUUAAACAGUAUGAAGAUUCUCUCAGAAAAGAAGAAGUCUAUUUAAGUGAAAUAUAAAAAGUCCUGCUUGCAAAGUCAUUUAGGUAAUGAACCUUAGUGGAAGAAAGGUUUAGUGAAGUAACAUUCAGUUUGGUCAGAAACAUUUUCGGACACAAUACAAGAUCAGUUGGGUAGUAUUUCUUUUCUAUGGGAAUAUCGUUUUUUUUUUUUUUUUUUUUUUUUUGAGUAUCUUUUGACUUGUUUGUAAGAAAUUUUACAAGAUACGUUAACUAAAAGCUAUAAGUGUGCAGAAGAUAUGGAAUGUGGUAUAGGAUUGAAAAUAAUUACAAGAAAAUGAGCCAUUUACAGACAAGAAAUGAACAGCUUUCUAUUUAAAACAAAAAAAUUAUUGCUUAUAAGACUGAAGAACAUGAAGAUUCUUACUAUUGACUAUGAGGAAGCAAAGUACUAUUUUACUAUGCAUAGUUUCUAAACACGGUAGUAACGCGAAGAUUAUUUGCCUAAGUGUGGACAGCAAGUUUUUAUUUGUAAAUUACAGUAUCCUUAUGAUAAUACUUCAAUAACUACAAUUAUUUAAAUUUCUUGAAUUUUUAGUAUGUAGCUUAUUAAUAAAUAGUAAUAUAAUUUAAUUAAUUAGAUAAUGUUUUUCUGACCAUUUAUUUUUUCUUAUUAUAAAGCUUGCAAAGUCCUUUAGGUAAAUAAUAUUGUCAAAACCUUCAAAAACAAGAAGUUGCAAAUUGCAGCACCCACGAGUACAGUUACAUAUACAGAGAAAAAAUGUCAUAUAUUAUAUUCUACUUAUAUUAUUAUGGAUAAUGCGAUCGUAUGAGGAAACUGAACGUACGAAAUGAGAUAAUGAAAGCAAGUACUCAUCAAGUCUUGCAUAUAUUAAGAAAAUAAAUAUAAUAUAUACUUUGUAGAAAUGUGAGGGUACAGUGUUAUUAUCAUGUUCGAAAGUGAAAGUUAGAAUAAAAACAAUUCCAAUGCAACCUUGGCAGAUAGAUAGUAAAAAAAAGCAUUUGGAGAAGGGAAGAAAUGUAUAAUGAGUGAAUAUUCAUGGAAGAAAGAAAGAACAUUCCAUCAGUUAUAGAAAGGCGAAACAAAUAUAGAACACGUUUACAAAUUUAAUGUCAACAUUGCUGCCAAUAUGUGUUUGCUUUACAAUUAACUUGUUAUUUUUGUGAUUACAUUUUUCGUACAAUCAUAAUACUUAUAUUCGAUCUAUAACAUGAAUAAUAAUAAUAAUACAGAUUCUUGUUUUUCUUUUUCUUCAUUUUUUGAUCCGUUACGUGGUUCAUAAUUAAACUAUAUUAAAGACGUGCAACGACUGUCUAAAAUUACAAUUUUUCCUAAUUUAAAAGGUAUGAGAAUUUUUCAAACCGAGUAAGAACAUUUAAAAAAUUUACCACGAUAUUGAAAAUUAAUGACAUACAUAUUUUUGUAUAUUUGUAUUUUGUUAACAUGUAUGAAAUUACGUUUAAAUAGUUUUAUUGAAUUACAGAAUUCAUGGACUAUUGUCAAAUCUGCAUCUUAUUUUACGAUAAUACUCUAUUUAAUAAAAACUGAUUUUCAUAUUCGGAAGUACUUAACACGUAUUUUUACUUAUCCAAAAUUUUUCACACGAUCUUAAUGCAGAAAUUUUUAUCAUAUACUCAAACAAAUGUAAAAUUACAAUGAAGCUAUCCUAAUUUUAUUGCUAAAUGUUGAUUGUUUCAUUUGAAGUAUCCUACAAAAAUCAUGAAUGUAAUUUGUUAAAAUUUAUUAUGCAGUUUAUGUAAUUGUACAUUAAGUGUUGAUUACAAAAAUUGCAAGUACAAAAUGUUUUAUGUAUUUAUUAUCACGAGUUCUCAAACUUUGUAUAAUGCAAUUAACAGUCUUAUAGUACAUUAUGAUUGAAACUGAGAUAAAAUCUAUUGCAGCUGUGCUGCAAAUUCAAUGUAAAUCCAUGAUGAGUGCGACAAGAAAAACGUUUUUUCAAGUAUACAACUUCUAUUUCGUUUAUGAACAAAAAAUUAGCCGAAUAUGUAAUGUAUGUAUUAUCGUAUUCAGUAUAGUUAGAAGUCUCAUUUUUGAUAUUUUCAUUGUUCAAACGUUUCUCGAUACAUCGAAAGUGUAAUGUUCAGAUCAUGUUUUUAAUUACCCGUUCAAUCUGAAACUUUACUUUUGAACGUAUACAAUGUGUCUGUAAUUGUGCAAAUCAUGCUAUGUAAAAGACAAAGAUGUUGGAAGUUACUUGCCAAGAAUGUAAUUACUAAAAGCACUGCCAACAACAAAUGUAUCGGUGUUAUUAAUUACCAAAAGAAUAGAACAACAGUGACAUUUGUUUUCAAAUAUCACUUUCAGACAACGUUGUUGCUUUAAAAAGAGGCUAUUACGAUUGAAAUUUAUGUAAAAUAUAAAAUGAGAACAGUAUCAAGAAAAUGAUGUUCUUCGCGAAGAAAAAUUGCAUUUAUGUUAGACUCAUUUUUAAGAAUAGUAAUGCUUGACCAAUAUUUGGUGAAAAGUGUUUCUUACAAAAUUGUAAAAAGAUUUUAAUUCAAUUUUUUAAGAAUAAAGAAACAAAGGUAAUAGUGUUUGCUGCUUAAUUGAUUACAGACAGUGAAAACGGAUUCUGUCUGUGGUAAAUUUCUGGACUUAAGAGAUUGUUUCAUAAUUCAAAAAUUUUUGUAAAUAAUUCAAAUCCUAAGCAAACUAAAGUUUAUUGGUCCAUACAUUGGAUCGGUAAUUUGUAAAUAAAGUUACUAAAUAUUACAUUAUGUGAAAUCGAGAAAAACGUCACAAAUAAAUACAAAGAACUGUAAUUGUAACUUUAGUGAUUUCAUUUAUUUAUUGAAAUGAAGUGAAGUUAAUAUAGUAAUAACACAAUCCAAUGUUUUAUGUGUAUUUCAUUACAAAGUAUUAACUGAAACCUUAUUGUUUUAGAUUCAAUUUAGUUUGUUUAAACAUAAAAUUCCUGAUUUUUGUAUAGUUUUUUACAUCUGUAUCUUAAAUUCUUAAAAGAAAAAUUUGCUCAUUUUUUCAUUUUAUUAAAUAAUUAAUAAAACGAAGAAUUAAGUCUAAACAUUUAUUAUACUUUAUUCAUCAAAAUUUAAUGUAAUUGUAAUCUGUAAUUGCAAAAAUUUUAAUGUUCUAAUUUUGAAUUUCGUAUAUUUUCAAAAUUAUAACUUCGGAUGUUUCCGCCUAGAGUCGUUACUCGUUCCCGAGAAUUCCCGAACUUGUCGAGUGGAUAUUACGUAGCACAAAGUUGUAAUGGCGGAUCUCUGUAGUUGAAGGUGCACUUCUUGCACCUCGAAGUGUAUUAUUUUUCGGUCACGUAAUUCAGUAUUUGAGCAUAUGAUACUUAAAUCAAGUAAUAUCCUUGACUGUAUUUGAAUAUUGUUUGUAAUUAAUCCACUUAACUGGAAGAACCAACUACAUGAUCACCGGAUCCUAAAUUGAUUUCACCGAAAUCACGUACCAUGUGCAUUCCUGUCUCCAUAAAUCCUACGCCAAAAACAAUAUUUUCGUAAUAAACAUUGUGUAUGUAUGUA